GGUUGGUCGAUGGCUCAGUCUCCACAGGCUUGUGUUGGGGCAGCUGAGGAAAGCAGGUGCCACCAGAGAAGAGAGGGCAAAUCAACAGAGUGACCUGGGAGAAAGGGGCCCCCACCUGGGACCCCUGCUCUGGCGACGCUGGAGGCCCCGCUAGGCACCCACCUACUGCAUGUGGCUCUUGGAGAAAGCAGGCUACAGGGUGGGCCCAGCGGAGCCCGGGUCCCGCUGGGCAGCCCGCAGCCUGUGGACUAAACGACGCGCCCCAGAGCUGCCGCUGGCGCGCAUCUGCCCCAACGUGCUCACCCCUGACCGCAUCCCGCAGUUCUUCAUCCCGCCGCGCCUCCGGGAGCCCGACCCCCCGGCCAGCCGCGGGCUCCCCGCCGCCUGCUCGCUGCCACACCUGGCGGGCCGCGAGGGCUGGGCCUUCCUGCCGGAGAGCCCGCACACGCGGCGCCGGGAGUCCCUGCUCCUCGCGCCGCCCGCGCGCCCGGGCCCGGCCCGCCUGCACCUGUCCUCCCCCGACCUGCGCCUGUGCCGCGCGCCUGACAGCGACCCCGCCUCGUCCCCGGACUCGUCGCCCUUCGGCCCGCGGCGCGCUGGUUGCUCUCGCCCCGAAUCCCCGGAAGAUGAGGCGGCGAGCUCGGCUGAGCACAGUCCGUGCGCCCCGCGCCGCGCGCCGCCGCCGCUCUUCCACCUGGACGUGCUGCGCUGCGAGCUGCGGCCCACCAAGGAGAGCGUGCUGCGCCUCGGGCCGAGCGGCGGGCGGCUGCGCCUCUCCGCCGAGUACCAGGCGGGCCCCGGGCGGCUGCGGCUACGCCUGGUAAGCGCCGAGGACCUGCCCCGCGCGCGGCCCGGCCCAGGAAGCGGCGGCGGCGGCUGCUGCGUGGUGCUGGGGCUGCGGCCGCGCGUCCGGCCGCGGGGCCAGCGCAGCCGCGUGGUGCGGUGCAGCGCCAACCUCAUCUUCAACGAGGACUUCUUCUUCGACGGGCUGGGCCCGCCAGACCUGGCGGCGCGCACUCUGAGAGCCAAGGUGCUGGACCGCGGCGCCGGCCUCCGCAGGGACGUGCUGCUGGGCGAGUGCGAGGCGCCGCUGGUGGCUCUGCUGCCGCCCCUGGGGCUGGGGCCAGGGACCUCGCUGACGCCGGCCCACCUCAGCCUCUGACGACCGUCCCAGGCCCCGGGGAACAGAACGGCUGGACACAACAGGCUUUAGCGCCUGACGCACCAGAGGCAGCAAGUUCGAUCCCCAGCACUACCUUAAGCCAAACUAAAAAGACAGUCUUCCUCCCAACGCACUGUUGGGCCUCCAGUCUUCAUUCUCCCCA